CGAUAAUAGAUAGUGCGACACCUCUAUCAAUGCCAGCGCCAUCGAUGUCGGCUGCAACCCCACCCGACAUCAGUCAACUGUUUGCCUCGAUACGAGAACAUCCACCACUAGCCCACCUCUCAUUCAACAACUUUGCCACCUUCCUUCGCCGUGCUAGCAUACUCAAGGAGGACAUCCUCCAACCACAGCCAUAUGACGUCUCUAUCUUCUGCGCACCCAACGUUCUCCCACCAAGUGUGACGUGCUUCCUUGCGGCCUCUCUGGACAUGCCGCCAGAUGUAGUUGAUGUCCUGUGGUCUUUCACAAAGGAUAUUGUGUGGGAGCUGCCAAGUAGCGCCGAGGCAAGCACAGACGAUGAGGCUGCAUUCAAGAUCUAUGGCCAUGAGCUAGGACUCACCAAACAUGUCUUAUACCCUCCCGUCAAGAUUUGUAUGAACCACGAGUGCAUUGCAUGGCAGCGUGGAACGCUGCUGAAGAAGGAAGAGCCACGUCGCAUCGUUUUAUUCACUCAUGGUGAAGGGGCGAAGCCUGGCUGGACAGUACACCUGAGGUGCCGAUCUUGCAACACGAAUUAUCAGGCCAACUAUAGCGUUAAAGGCACGCUUCGAACAUACUACCAAGGGAUACCGCAGUUCAUUCAAGUCUCCGACCAUCAGUUUGUCGAGCUGCAGCUUGCUAUGCAGUGGAUGGAUUUGAUGCAGAUCGCCGUUUCAGCCACCAAUUGCGCCAGCCUGUAUGCAGUUGCCCAGGCCCGUCGCGACCUUCGCAACGACGGCGCCGAUCAGUGGCAAUUUGGCAGUGCUCUGACGACAGAGCAAGUCUGGGACUGCUUCACGCUGCUCGCCCUGCUCGACGAUCAUCAUCAACGGGACGAAUCACUUGUUGUGGCUCACGACGGUGAUCAAAAAAACCGGUUCACAAAGGCUAUGUACGCACGCAACAAUCGCAUCAUUCUGCGAGGUCAAGACGAGCUCCCCCACGCUUGCUUUGGAUGCAUGCGCAUCUUCGAGUCACCAGAUGGUGCGCUUCGCCGAACCGAAGUUAUUGUCACUGAUGGUGUGACGGUUGGACGCCCCUGCUGUGCUAUCCCGUGGUGCAAAAACCCUCUCGACAACAAUCGACAUCGAUAUUGUGCAGAGCAUUGUCGACUCGAGACCGUUUGUGCUGUCGAUGGCUGUGAUCAGCCUGUUGCAGUCAAUACCGAGACAGGCAAGAAUCGCAAGGCCUGCGACGAUCCAGUCCAUCUUCGCAUGGAAGCCGCCAACAACGAAUCGACGCACAGCGGGAAGACCAAAACCCAACGUCAAAAAAUUGCGAAGUUGAACGAUGCUAUCGCCACCCACGUUUCUAACCUGCCCACUAUUCCAACGGACGAGGACAUCCCUCUUCAAGACGUCGAAGAAUGGUACGAGCACGACAACGCCUCUGGUGCUAUACGUUUUCGCCAGGCACCUAUAACGACUUCGACUGGAGUCUCGGAUCAUCAUGUCCCCUCAACGGAUGUUGACGGGUGUAGCGCCAAGGACCUGCAACCCAAACUGAAGGCUAUCUUCCGUCGUCAGCGCACAAACAACGAGCAGCUUGUUGUUCGGCCUUGUGGGAUCAUCUCCGGUCGUGGUACAAUGUACCAUCAUGAGGCCGUCUCGAAUGUGCUGAUUAUGGUCGAGAAAAUGUUCUCCCUUCCGCGUGCACGUAAGCCACAACACAUGAUCUACGACUCCAACUGCAACGCGUUGCGUGAAGUUGAGAGUCGUAAAAUCACAUUCUUCGAGGGAAUGGGAAUGUGCGUUGACGCCUUCCAUCACAAGACCAAGCAUAAGGCUAGUGACGUGUUCUGUCGUGAGCGCUGUGACAUGAGGGCCUACCCUGAGCUUGUUGACGAGGAUGGGAAGUACUAUUUUAACUCGUCGAUCGCGGAGCAAACGAACGUUUGGUUUGGCGGUUUUCAUAACAUCUGUCGAGAGAUGACACCAGUGAAGUAUGAUUUUUUUCUUGAUGAGAUGAUCCUUCGUCGAAACCGUAUGACUGUAGCAGCCCUUCACGUACAAGGAAAGCUUCCCCACCAUCCACCUGUUAUUCUAUCUUGAUGUAACUAGUACUCCAGCUCUUGUCUCAUCACACAUGGAAAAAACGCGCAGCAUAGCAUGACAGAACAAACAAAUCAAUUGGCAAGACAAAUACACAAGUGAGUAGAAGAUAGAGUAUGUAGAACAAAUCAAGGACCGGACAAAUAAACGAGUGAGUAAAA